CUUUAGACAGUCGCCGUCGACUGCCCACCAGUACACCGCGUCCGUCAGUCCAGAACAUACAGUGCACGCACGCACACAAACACAGGUAUAUAAAUAGAUUGUGUGCAGCUAAAUGGAGUAGAAACUGGAAGUUUCAUUAAUGAGCUCUGCUUCAUGGGUUUGUGUUGUGUUCCGCACAUGAGGAGAAAUGUCCUGAAAGGGCACGUUUGAAAAACAUGUGAUGUCUAUUUUCCAGCACUGGAAUAGCACCUUUUAUUCACCCACAGGGGUUUUGAGCAACAUUUACAAGUAAGAGAGCUGUUGGAUUCAACACUUUUUUUUCUUCUUUUCUUUUUUACUCUUCAACUGCUAUCACUGCUUACUGACAGUCCAAUUGCUUUCAUGGCUUCGGUAUCGACUUCCAUUAAAGUUGCUUUCGUUUACGUGGCUUAUAAAUAGGUGACAUAAAAGUAAGAGGAGGAAGCUGUUAGGUUCUGCCCUCAGUGACAAGUAUUUGGGUUAAGCCAAUGUUGGAAAUGUUGUACUUUUUUACUACACUAAUAUCAACACUAUCUAUGGUAGGCUAAUUAAUAUGCACAUGUUACACGUGAUGGGCGAAAUGUACAGUUUUAAUGUAAUACACUUUUUUCAUCUAAUUUAAUUAAUUAUUGAUGUGUUGUUGCAGUAGUGUAGGAAGUAUCUUUAAAACAAGAACUAUUUCAAGGAAAAGUCCUAUAUUCAAAUCUUACUGGUGUCAAAGUCUUAGUUUAUAUAUUAUAAUAUUGGAUUAUUAUUAUUUAAGCAAAGUAACUCCAGACGUUUGUGUAGGAGUAAAAGUAGGCUGCAAUGUUUUACAAUAUAAGUAGAAAGCAGCAUACAAUUUAAGUACAGUUUUCGAGUUACACUGCAUCACGGUAUAUUUGGUUACACAACUGUACAGAUGUUGGGGCUCGGUUCAUCUGCCUCUGUACGACUAUAGGCAGCGGACUGUUUGUUUACUAUCCAUACGGCGCAAUGGUAUCUUCCCGUGAUUGGCGCAUAAGACCCGUCUAUCAAACGACUGGACCAACGGGAGACGUCCGAAGCGCCACGUGCGUGCAGUUCCCGGAUGUGUCUCGUGAAGACUCGCUGGUUGGCUCACGUGCACCAACAAAACACAGACGGUAGGUUGACAUGUCUGGAUGUUUUCUGUAGGUAGAGGGGGGACAGCGGUGCAGCCCAGGCCAUUUUAUAGACAUUACGCGGUUCCUCACCGUCUACAAAGCUCAGGGUGGACGCUGUCUGGUGAGAAAUGGCGGAGGGAGGCUUUGACCCCUGUGAGUGCGUCUGCACCCAUGAGUAUGCCAUGAGGCGCCUCAUCAACCUGCUCAGGCAAUCUCAGUCCUACUGCACAGACACUGGUUGCCCUCAGGAAUUGCCGGGUCCCAAUGGGCCGGUCGGCGGAGGCGGGGACCUGACCCUCCCCAUGGUCCUGAUGGGAUGGGCGGUGCUGGUUCUGCUCCUAUUCCUGUUGCGCCCAUCUAGUCUCAGGGGCAGCCGCCCCACAGGCAAACCUGCCGGACCCCGCAAUAGCGCUGGAAGAGAGCCUCCAGCACCACCCAUCGACUAGCAGCAGAGAGCACCAGCACUCACCCACCUGCUCUGACUGGAGCUGCAGCCAGCGACUGUGACUAAGGGACGGCGCCAUCUCCCCUUCCUUCAGUUCUCUCUUGCUUUUUUCCUGUUUUAUUGCCACUGUGUUUUGGGGGUAGAUUUGUCUGCGAUUCCUGUCACUGGAGCCCAACGGUUACCGGAUUGAUGAGGCCCGUACGGAUAUGAUAUUUCAAAGUCAUUAAAAAAAAAUGUAAAAAACGGAUAUUGAUCAAAACGUUUUCAAAAAGAGAACAUACACAAACAACUUUUAACGGUUUGGGCAUUGGCUAUUUUUGACAAAGAUGUAUAGAAAAAUGCCAUGAGAAUUUGAUUAACGAGGCAUGAAGACAAAACUUGUUCACAAACUUGAAUUCAGAGAAACAAGUGCCAACGUUGUUGUUUUGUAUUAUCUGCAGACACAUAGAAGACAUUUUUGACUGAUAAUAUCGUCCGACAGCAUCAGCGUGUUAAUAUAUCGGUUGGGCUCUGAGUCUCUAAUCAGAAGGCGGGGUGUCGUUCUGAGUCGGUCCCUGAUCUCAGUGCUGGUGUUGACUGCUGAAAAUGAAGGAAUGUGUUGGUGGGGGUGGGGAGGGUUAAAUAGUUCAAGUGCUUGCUGAGAGACGAAGUCUUCAGACUCAAUGAAACAUUCCUCUCUUUCCACUUCAAAGUCACAAAUCUAUAAACGGUGCCAGUAAUGAUGUCGUAGCAAGUAAUGUUUUAAUAGCACAUUUAAACCAGCAUAAUGAUUAACGUAAUAUAUAUGGAUGAAUACUACUAUGAAUUGGGAUCACAAAUAAGCCGUUGGUUUUCAUUGCAGCAAGUCCAUCUUCUGUGUUGACGCGCAGGCCUCAGUCCGAUUACAUUCUCCAGCAUAUAGUCCCGUCUGUUCUAUGAACUACAGCUCUGGAAACGUGUCGGUCCCUUGAGGCGACCGUUGGUUUUGUGACUCUUGUAAGUAAUCGGCACCACGGCGACUGAGCUCGGACGAUCUGUUUCCCGGGUUGAGAAGGGACGGUCAAAUGCUCCCACUUCACGCGGUUGGAAUGAGCCGAGUUGCAGGCGUACAGACGGGGUGCAGUGAGCGUGGUCGUUGGACAACAGCAUCCUCGGCACCCGCAUUUUAAUCAUUUCCAGAUGAUUCCAUGUACUUGUCUCGUGGUUAAAAGAUUAAACAAAUCUGAAUUGUAUACUCACUCGUUGGUAACAGAGAAUCAUAUGUUCAUGUAUUUUUGUACUGUUGUGGUGUGUUGUUUCCUUAUGAAGGUGUGUUGAAAAUGGUGGCGGUGAGGGCCUGAAGCCUGUGGUUGGUUGGAGCACUGAAAGUUUCUACUUCUACAAUGUGUGUGUGUGAUGAUGAUGAUGUCAAACCAAAUUGAAGGAGAGGAGAUAGAAAACUGCGUUUCCAACUGUUAAAGCUCUGGUCUCAAUGCUGUUGUGAAAGAACGGCAAUAUUUUGAGUUCAUAUUUUUUAAUUUGAAAUGGGAAUGAUCUGCAGUGGAGGAUUUACAGAGCUGCUAAAUGAGUGAUUCAUUUAUCAAAAUUAAAAAAAGGUUUAAUCAUUGAACAGAAAAAUAGAAAUCUCUCAUACAGAGCAAAUAUAGUGGUGAAUGUCUCGUGUCCCUUAACUGUGUUUGUAAUUGUGAGUGGAUACUCAUAACACAGUACAACAGCACCACAAACUAUACAGCCUCAAAGUGACUAGAGAAUCAACACUUUGUUACAAUCUCAAGAAAAAUGGAACAUUAUAACAAGUGAAUGUUUUUUUUAACAUGUCUGUUGGAUUGCGGUACAUGAUGGAGGGUUUCCCGAUUGUCUCGUCACUGACCUUAUCGUUGUCGUGCCCCUGUCAACUCGUGUCUGGGCCUUAGGUUGUGUUCUCCAGGGUACUCGUGAUAUCAGUACCUACGUGGAUUAGUCUUAAAAUGGAAGUAUCUUUCUUGAUAUACAUGGUGUAAGAGUUCAGAACCUAAAUAUGAUCUGUAUGAGCUUUUCUUAGUUUCAACAUCAGCAAAUAACGCCCUCUAAAAGAUUUCUUUCUAGAGUCAGGAGGUGGCAGGGGAAAGUUAAGUAAGACAUAAGGUGGUGUAUAUAAUGAAGGGGGAAACCAAACUAGGCUGUCGAAGUGGACCACGUGGUACUGCACGAGACCUUGAUUUACACUGUUUC